GGCAUCAUCCAGCAGUAGAAUGCCUAAAUAAAGUUACAUGGAUUCAACCUUCUUUGACAAAAAGAAAAAGAUACAGUAGAUUAUAAAUGCCUGGACUGUUCAUCAUCUUGAUUUUUGAAAUUUGAAAUUGGGGUUUCAAAGCGGUUAAGCAUAGAAGACUAUGUCGAUUUCUUUCAGAAUCCUCAACAACAUUUUCUCAAUAAGCUACAUCUUAACCAGUUGAUUCCAGCAUUUUGAAACAGAUACUGAGCAUGCAUGGAUAUCCGAAUCUGAGAGUUCCCAGGCUGAUUUGAUGGAGGAAUUGAAAACAUUGACAAUGGAAUCACCAUUCAGAUCAACACUAAAAGAGAAGAUUACAUCUGCAUCUGCUUUACUUGUUGAUCCAGAUGAGAUUAAAAAAGAUUUAGCGAUUAUCCGAUGGAAUGAAUGGUCAAUUGAUUCCGUCCAAAUUCACAGAUCCGGUGCUCAACAACAACAAAGUGUUUCUUCUCCUGUUGAAGAAGAACGUCGAUAUUCCAUCAAAUUUGUUGAUUCAGCAGAGAAAACUAAGAAACAGGUUAAAGCAAAGAAGAAGAAAGUAUCACCAGAUUCUAAUACGCCGGCGGCAACAACUGUUCAAGUUCUCACUGAUAUCUCUAAUCUACCUUCAGCUGCUGCUAAUCUCAACCCUUCAAACUCAAAACAGGUUCAAGCAAAGAAGAAGAAAAUACCACAAGAUUCGGAUAUGGGUGGUAAAAGCAAGAAAACGAAAAGUGGAGCUCUUGAUUGGUUAUUCUCGGAUCUUGUUAAUUGUUAAGUACUAGUAGUACUGAAAGGAAAUUUUGGUUGAGCCGUGAAGUUAUUACUAAGAUUUUGUGUCACCCAGUUGGUUCGUUGAUUGAAUGCACUUUCCUGCGUGUUCAGUACAUUAUAAAAUCAUAUGGCAAAGCUUCCUUUUCUUUUUAGGUUCA